AUUCUUGAAUUCGCCCCUCUGUCGCUUGCCUUUGACGCAUUCCCUCUCAUUCUUUAUCUCCUCUUUGCUGUUUGUUCGCUUUUAUCUUUUGGGCUUCGGGUUGUUUCCAGUCCUUUGGGAUCUCCGUGUUCUUCUCUGUUCUUCCGUUUUGUUUUGGAAUCGAUCCCCAUCGUCUCUUCCCUCAUCUGCCUCCUGUUGUUUGUUUCUUCUGUUCGAUUCUGUGGGUUUUUUCUGUUUCUUGUUAACCGAUUUGUGUGUGAUUCCGAUGGACGGUGAUUACCAUCGACGCGGCCUGGUGGCGAAUGAACGUUCACCCACUUACUUUGUUCGGUUGGAUAAACCAAGGGCAGUAGACGAUCUGUAUAUAGGCAAAAGAGAAAAGAUGCGUAGGUGGCUGUGCUGUGCUCGUCAUAUCGAAGAACCUUACCAUUCAGCUGAACACGAAAGCCUCAAAAGUCCCAGGCACCAUAAUGAUGGCUAUGCGAGAAAACCACCGGCUCCUGUGAAGCCGGAUGUCCUCAAGGAACCUCCUCCGAUUGAUGUGCCAAAGUUGUCAUUGGAUGAGUUAAAAGAAAAGACUGACAAUUUUGGUUCUAAAGCAUUGAUCGGAGAAGGAUCAUAUGGAAGAGUAUACUAUGCGAACUUGGAUGAUGCAAAGGCUGUGGCGGUGAAGAAGCUCGAUAAUUCGGCUGAACCUGAAUCAAAUGUAGAGUUUUUGACACAGAUCUCCAGGGUUUCGAAGUUGAAGCAUGAAAACUGUGUUCAGCUCCUUGGCUACUGUGUUGAAGGGAAUAACCGUGUCCUCGUGUAUGAGUUUGCCACCAUGGGAUCCUUGCAUGACAUUUUACAUGGGAGAAAAGGGGUCCAAGGGGCACAGCCUGGACCGACCCUUGAAUGGAUGCAGCGAGUAAGAAUUGCGGUUGAUGCAGCUAGGGGUCUGGAAUACUUGCAUGAGAAAGUUCAACCUCCCAUAAUACAUAGAGACAUCCGUUCGAGCAAUGUUCUUCUCUUUGAAGACUUCAAAGCCAAGAUUGCCGAUUUUAAUCUAUCGAAUCAAGCUCCUGAUAUGGCUGCUCGCCUUCAUUCAACCAGAGUUUUGGGAACAUUUGGUUACCAUGCUCCAGAGUACGCUAUGACUGGACAGUUGACGCAAAAGAGUGACGUAUACAGUUUCGGUGUAGUGCUCCUGGAGCUUUUAACCGGGAGAAAGCCCGUCGAUCAUACAAUGCCGCGUGGACAACAAAGUCUUGUAACCUGGGCAACACCAAGGCUGAGCGAAGACAAAGUCAAACAAUGUGUUGAUCCAAAGCUUCAAGGGAAUUAUCCUCCCAAAGCAGUUUCUAAGCUUGCAGCAGUGGCAGCUCUCUGCGUGCAAUAUGAAGCAGAGUUCAGGCCGAACAUGAGCAUCGUGGUAAAAGCCCUGCAGCCAUUGUUGAGGCCUCCAUCCACAGCUGUUCCCGCCCCCGAAACCUGAUCUCCCGUUAAACUGAAAGACCCAUUACCGAGUUCAGUCUGGUAAUUCAAGAUUUCCGCAGGAAUGGUUGCAAAGUUUGGUUUCCAAUGUUUUUCUCAUCUGUGGAUGGAUGUCUUCAAGACUCAAAGAAGAGUGUUUUUUACUCCUUUUGAGGUUCUGUCAAGGAAUGGAAUAUGAGGGACAUAUGUGUAGGGAUUGAGUUCAUUUGAGAGAGGGAUGUGUUUUCAUUGUCUGUUUUGGUGGGGCUUGAUGAAAAUGUUACAUAAGGUUUGCGCGUUUAGUAACACAACGUUAUCAACUCUGGAUUGUUGUCUCCUCUGGAUUCUUUCAUAUGUCUUUAUUUAUUACAGCUUGUGGGUUUUAAAGUCUA